AAUAAAAUAUUAUAUGUCUGUUUAUGACACCGAGAUCGCUAAAAGUAUAUGGCACGGCAAACUGCCCAUUAAAGUAUCGCUUGAUCCUACAGAAAUAGAUGUCUAUGGAAACCAUAGAGUAUGGGAACCUAUCUAUGUAAGCAAUAGGUAUCAUGCUGUGAUUAUUUAUAGUGUUAGUUGCAAGUAUCAAGAUGUUCUUAUUUACCACUUGUGACCCAACAUAUUCAAAACAUCUUGAAAGAGCUCGGUAUGCAAGUCUCUAACGCGUCUUUUGAGUCUGUUUGGUAUGAUUUUGACCAAAAGCCUUUAAAAUGGCAUUAUCCAAUUGGACUGUUGUUUGAUUUACAUACUGACGCGUCUAAAUUGCCUUGGGCUCUAACCAUGCAUUUUAAAGAUUUGCCAAGUGAUAAAAUACUAUUGAAACCCACACCAGAUACUAUGCAAGACAUGUUUAUGUCCAUGGUGAAAGAAGCAGAUUUCCUUUGUCAUGGCAGUACAAAGAAAGUUAUGAAUCUAUCUAAACGUGAUACAACACAAUUAUGGCAAUCACUUGCUUCAGAUCAAUACGACGCAUUUCGAACUGUCAAUCAACAAUUGGUAGAAUAUUCAAGUCAAAUGAAAGGCAUACCUUUAAGGAUUUAUUUACCUGAUCAGUGCCCAGUGAUUCAAGACCUCGUAUCAUUUCAUCAGACAUCAUCAUCAGAAAUCCCAACCAUAAGCCAAGUGAUUACGAAAGUUAUACCUACUCUAGAUCAAGAUACAUUGACUGAGCUCGCUGUGAUUACGCACGGUAUUCAACUUCCACUUGAUACACCUAUCCAUUGGGCAUAUGAGAACCUCAUAUUUGCAGAUAAUUUCUUACAUUUUGUAAUUCGUGUAUUACAUAAUAAAGACGUUAUUUAAAGUCAA